AUUAUGCUACGUGCUAAAUAUAAACUGACCGAACGUGUUGAAGUAAUGCUAAGAUGUAGAGUUAAUGAUGUGUGUUUAAUCUAAAAUAUGAGCGUCUUCUGCAUUCACUGUCGUUAUUGGGUUUGUGGCUACAUUGAGUACAUUUUUCAGUUAGUUUUUCAAAUUAGGCUGCCUACGGAGCACAUUCUGUGAUUCACGCGCCUCUUUCUUUACGUCUUCACGCUUUUAGAAAUAGUUAGCCAGUUAGCUUAUCUGUUCGUAAAUAUGAACUGCGUCAUUGAAGGGAACUCUGUGAAAGCCCUUGGUAAGGCUAUCCAUGCGCUGUCACGGAUUGGAAAUGAGCUUUGGCUGGACCCCAUGGUGAAAGGGCUGGCACUGAGAUCAGUAAAUUCUGCUCAUUCUGCAUAUGGCUGCUUCCUGUUCUCGCCCAUGUUCUUCCAGCAGUACAGCUUGGAAUCAGCAUCAAAGCAGGGCAGCGAUGCAAUCAAAUGCAAACUGGUUAUGAAGUCGGUGCUGCCACUGUUUCGCUGUCUGACCUCCAUUGAACGCAGUGUGGAACGAUGUCACAUAUCAGUCAGCACUGCCACCGACCGAGUAAUAAUCCAGUUUUUCUGCAGACAUGGUAUCAUUAAAACCCACAACAUACAUUUCCAGGAAAGUGAGGCUCUGCAGGCUGUGUUUGACUCUCAUCUCUGUCCCAAUGUGCUGAAGGCUCCUGCCAGGCUUCUGGUGGACAUGGUGGUGCACUUUCCCCUGUUUCAGGAAGAAAUCACUCUGUCCAUCACUCCAAUGAAAGUCACUCUCAGAAACUACCAGAAGGGCGGAAAAGGUCCCAUGAAGACGACGUACACAGAGAUGUCCUUACACCCAAACGAGUUUGACUACUUCCAGAUGGGGCUGGACUCUGACAUAACCUUCUGUCUGAAGGAGCUGAGGGGAAUAUUGUCCUUUGCGGAGUCUCGCAGCCUUCCAGUGUCUAUUUACCUCGAUGUAGCAGGAAAGCCUGUGUGCUUCUCUGUGGAGGACAUGGUCCUUGAGGCCACCGUGCUGCUGGCUACUGUGACGGACUCUGACAGCAGGGACCAUUCUCAACCAACCGAACCCCCGACCCCAAAAACACCCAGGUGCCCAGCUCAGUCUGUGGCUGUGUCUCAGGGACCAGGCAGCAGGAGUCACACCGUUCCUGAUGAGCUGAUUCCAUCCAGCUGCGGCAGCCCUGUAAUCAGCUGUCCCGGUUCAAUGAGCCUCCCUGAGAUCAGGGAGCCGACCUGCCUCAGCGUAGAGAGCCAGGAAUGUAGCAGCUCCUCCUCAAGCCCUGCAUCCACUAAGGUCUGUUCCCUGCUGUUCAACGCCUUGUCCUCUCAGCAAGACGGAGAUGGUUGUGCUGCCCAGCAGCCUGUCCUGGCAUGUUACAGCGAUGAGGAAGAAAACACUGACUACCACCCGAGAAGCCCUUCACAGUGAGAGAUUACACAAGUCAUUCUUCUGAACUUGUGAUUUCUGCUCGAAACAAGGCAAUGCUUUCACAGAGUCAGAACGCUGAACUGAGUAUCAAUCUGCCGCUUAAGAUAUUUAGCGUUAAAUUAAAAGUUUCUACUAAGCUUCUUUUCGGGUACCUGAUGUCGUAGACAUGGCAACCGCUCUUAGUUUUGUCUGUGGUGACAUGUUAGCAUAAAGCUGCCACACCCGCCGGUAUUGGCAAACCAGCCACCUGUGGAAUGUUGGAGGAUGUUGGACAAAAUGUUUCCUGGAUUUGAUGUUAUCCUGUUGAUCCACAGCAACAGCCAGCAGGUUUACUAAAAAAAAUACUAGCAAACGAACAACUUUUGUAAACAGAAUGCAGCGGAAACAUUAUAAAUAAAUAUCAUCUUUAUUUAAAUAUUUUACAGAUUUCAAAUUUUUCCCCACGGAACUCAGAUCUGCAUUUAACUGUACAGCGUAUAUACACUCUCCGGUCGACCGAGUGUGUUUGAAAGAUGAGACUAAGAGGAAAAGCGUUGGUGCAGGUGUGAGUCACGAGCCAGACGACUGGGAGAACUGAACAGCUUGAGCCGACGCUGCGGAGAUUUUCCAACAGUUAUACUUUCACAAUUGGAUCCACGUCUGCCGUCAUCUUACUACACCCGAUUCUGCAGCCCUUAUCAGCCCCGGUGUAUGGGGAGGGGAAAUAACAAAAAAAAAACUUGUUUCAUUAGUGCAAAUUGUAAACAAAUGACAAAGAAAUUCACAGGGAUGGUUUUCUGAAGCGGGGAUCAUCACUAGUCCCAACAUCCUGACCUAAACACAGUGGUAGAUUUUAAGAAAACAAAACAAAAAAAGAAUAUCUUUAGACAGCAGAGCUGUUUCAUCUCUAUGGCUACUUUACAGUUUCAGGGCUCUGUGCUCAGUUGGGUGACUAAGAGGACAUGUCUGCCAGUAUCAACAUCUCCUGAUACAAGGCACGUCAUAAUAACAUCUCAACCUUACAGUGACAUCUUACUAAG